AUGACACGAGAAGAUGAUCACAUUGAGCUGCACGGAUUUUCAGAUGCAUCCACUCAAGCUUAUGCAGCCGUGACGUACCUGAAGGUUGUUAGAGGUGGUGUAGUAUACGUCUCUAUGAUCGCGUCAAGAACUAAAGUCGCACCCCUGAAGCAACUCUCUGUUCCCAAAUUAGAGCUUUGUGCUGCAGCCUUAUUAGCAGAAUUGAUCAGUGAUGUCGCAGAGCUUCUGAAGAUUCCUAAAAAUAAAAUAUUUGUUUGGACGGACUCAAUGGUCGUACUGGCUUGGCUGCAAUCUCAACCUAGUCGCUGGAAAACAUUUGUAGCGAAUAGGACAGCAGAUAUUACACGAUUGAUAGAUAAUGAUCGUUGGAGACAUGUGCAAUCUGCGGAUAAUCCUGCGGACAUCGCGACAAGAGGAGUCAAAGCGCAAGAAUUAGCUACACAAGAUCUGUGGUGGAGUGGGCCAGAAUGGCUUAAGAGAGACCAAGUAGAAUAUGAAAAAAGAGAAAUUGCACAAACAGAAUUAGAAUCAAAAACGACAUGUCAUGUACUUGUAGAUGAAAAGCCUAUAUGGGAGAGAUUUUCAACAAUGUCACGAAUGAAGAGAGUGCUAGCUUAUUGUAGAAGAAUGUUAACCGGAAGAAAAAGAGAGCUAGAAGAGAGUAAACACUUAACAGUUAAAGAAAUGGAAAAAGUGGAAGAAGAAUGUAUAAAGUUCUAUCAAAAUUUAGUAUAUGGAACAGAUAUAGACGAUUUGAAGAAAGAUGGAAGAGUUAAGAAAAGAAGUACCCUAAUCACACUUGCACCAUUCUUAGACGAGAAAGGUUUGCUAAGAGUGGGAGGACGUCUUCAAAAUGCCUCAAUGUCUGAAGAGACAAAGCAUCCAAUUAUUAUUCCACGCAACCAACAUAUUACCAAAUUAAUUGUUAAUGAGGCCCACACUAGAACACUUCAUGGUUGGAACCAGUUAAUGAUGACUUACGUGAAAACCAAAUACUGGGUUAUCGGCUUAAAGUCAUCCAUUCGAAAAUGCAUUUACAAUUGCAAAAACUGUGUCAUAGACAAAGCUAAAGUCAAGAAUCAGUUCAUGGGCCAGCUGCCAACAGUCAGAGUUAACCAAAAUCGACCCUUUUUAAAUAGUGGCGUGGACUAUGCUGGACCCAUUUUAAUGAGAACCUCUAAAGGCCGAGGACAUCAUGCGAUCAAGGGAUACAUUUGUUUGUUCGUAUGCAUGGCCACUAAAGCUAUUCAUCUUGAGGCUGUAUCGGAUCUGACUUCCCAAGCUUUUAUAGCUGCUUUUAGAAGAUUUGUCGCGCGCAGAGGCCAUUGUAAAGAUAUUUGGAGCGAUAAUGGUACCAAUUUUAUUGGUUCUGCUAAAGAGUUAAAGGGCAUGUUCGAGCCUGGGAAAAACAAUUUAGCCAGCGAGGUGGCAGAACUGCUAGCUACUGAAGGGACAACGUGGCACUUCAUACCCCCAAGAAUGCCUUCAUACGGAGGCCUGUGGGAAGCGGGAGUUCAGUCUGCCAAACGACAUUUAGCUAGGGUAAAUAAGGAUACUAAACUGACUUAUGAAGAAUUAGCGACUCUGUUGACUCAGAUCGAGGCCUGUCUAAAUAGUCGUCCUCUUUGUGAAAUAGACAGUACCACAGGAGUCCCACUGACGCCAGGACAUUUCUUAGUGGGUGAGCCCUUGGUCAGUGUUCCAGACUUAAAUUACGAGCACAAAAAAGUCAAUAUACUUACCAGAUGGCAGUUAGUACAGAAGAUGACGCAGAACUUUUGGCGCCAAUGGCAGAACGAUUACCUUAACACACUGCAACAAAGAUAUAAGUGGCAAGUUGCCGUACCAGCACCCUGCAUUGGAGAUUUAGUAAUCAUAAAGGAUGAAAUUACGCCACCUACUAAAUGGUUACUAGGGAGGGUCAAGUAUCUUCAUCCCGGAGCAGAUAACCUGGUGAGAGUGGUAACUGUACAGUGCAAGGGAGACCACGAGCUUAAAAGACCUUUGUCAAAAUUAAUAUUACUCCCUAAAACAUUGAAUGAGUAG